AGAAGCACAAGAGCAACGACAUUCACUCCCGUCUUGGCAUUUUCCGCAUUUUCGCAUUUCCGCAUUCACUCCCAUUCGUUGAUGGUCACUCAGCGUGUGGCGCCCAUACAUGCCGACGACGCCAGUGCCUACCACGCCGGCAAGACGGCGCUGAACGCGAUGCUGACGCGUCAGGAUGAGUCUCCGCACUCUGUGGAGCAAGCAGAAGCCCUAGACGACGGCUAUGAUGACACAGCACCAUUAGGACUCGCCGUAAAUACGCGCAACUAUCAGGCGCUGCUGGAUAAUCUGGCGCGUAGAAGACGAACGGGCUCAGGGGCGUCGUUGGUCUCGAGUGGCAGCGUGUCACCCGGCUACCAGCGGCAAACAGUGGCUGUGUGGCAGCAACAGAUGGGCAAUCAACUCGAGAGCCUCUCGUUGGUACAGACGGUGGCAGUAGACGAGGAAGAGGAGGGCGAAGAAGAAGGCGACCACACUGUUGUGGGUCUUCCUGUUGACACACGCAAUUACGAGGCCAUUGUGAGCGGGAGUCGACCCAUUCGCUCAGAUCCAGGGACGUUUAACCUCAUGAACCGCCGCGCAACGGUCGCUACUAUGCCGCAGAUGCCACAGCGUGUAAAGGACAGUGAGGAGAUGAGACCCGAUCAGAACCAGGCCGCCGUAGUUAACACAGGUGAUGCUGGCGAGGACGACGCCGUCAUGGGACUUCCCAUCAGCACAGGAAACUACGUGGCGUAUCUAGCAGGUCAGCAGGGAUCAGGAAUACAGCAAGCGGGACACCGAAACCGAGGAUACAGCAAUCUAGCACAGGAGAAGGAGCCGCGUGUGAGCGACCCGUAUUUAUCGUCCUCAAGACGUGGCAGAUCUCCGGAUUCGUACACCACAGCACCGAGUAACAACAACCAGGACAAUACCCGUCCGUCCUGCUUUGACAACCGCCGCGCAUCGAACGCGGCGUACGUCCCUCAUUCCGGUUGGGUGUUUAUUCAGCACGGCGCGUUCAAAACAUGGAAACGCUACUAUGCAGUGCUCUCAGGGACGGAGUUUAAGUACAGCAAAGGUGCGGGGCAAUCUCCGAAGGGCUUUGGACUGUUGAUGUCGGUACACAAGUUGGAUUCCCUUCGGUAUGGACUCUUACUUGAGUUUGGCGAUGGCGGUACACUCCAGAUCCGCUGUCCCAGUGAGAAGGAGUUUGAACAGUGGCAUGGGGCGAUGGAAAAAGUCAUUGAACGCAACCAGAACCUUAACUCGCAGUCCAAAACGUCGUAUACGCUCACUGCUUCGGAGCAGCACGAAGGUUAUCUGUUCAAGCAGGAGAAGAACAAGGCUUGGAAGCGCUGCUUCUUCGUUGUACGCAUCGAUGGAUACAUUGAGUGUCGAGACCACGAUCACGGCACAGCAGAUCGGAAGUGCUCUGGGUAUAUUAAGGCUGUGUCGUUUGCUGAUUGCCACGCGAAUGGCCUUGCGAUCGAACUUAGCACUGGUAUAUCCAUGGUGUGCUACGCAGACUCGUACGACGAGCAGAUGCUCUGGUAUGGCGCCAUUUCAGCAGCUGCCACUGCGAACGGCAAGACGGCACAGCCCAAGACGUCGGUGAAGAGUUCCUACAUUCAAACGGCGCUGUCGAACCACGCAGGGUGGCUGUAUAAGCAAGCUGGGUUAUUUAAGGGCUGGAAGCGUCUGUACUUCACACUACACGGCGUUGAACUGGCAUACGCUAAGGACACAAACUCGGAGACGGUGCUUAGCGACAAGGCCCAUUCAGUGGAGGAAUGGGAAGGACAUGCGAACGGACUUUUGAUCCGCUUGAUAAGCGGACGCGUCUGGAAAGUGCACGCCGAGUCAUACGAGACAGCCAAGCGAUGGCGCUCCGUUAUCAGCAGCGCGUGUCGGCACGCAGAAACUUUCAACUUGAAGAAAUAUUUAAACAGCCGACGUCGCAAGAAGCUGAGGCCUGUGUUUGGUGGCUGGCUUACGGAUGUGCGGAAAGGUUCUCGCUUGCGUCGGUUCUACGUAAUGGACGGGGCGACGCUGGGAGUUGCCAACGAUGUGGACAACCAGCUUGAGCGUCUCGGCACUGUCGUGGACGUGGGCUCGACGCGAGAUCUGGAAUGUGGCAUCGUGUUCACCCUCGCCAACGGAAAUAAGCUCAAGGUGAACUGUGACUCGCUGGCCGACUCGAGGUGCUGGUACGAUUGUUUGAAUUUUUCGCUCAAGUAG